CAAUAAUAUCCGAGUAACAAAGAUCAAGCAAACCUCUUCAUUUGCUAGAAUGUCGUUACCUUUCACUCAGCGAGGUUCGAAAAAUCCAACCAACGAAGAAUUUGCAUUCUUGCUUGAAGAUAGAGCUUUUGCAGAUUAUUUCAACAUAUUUCUCACUUUACCGGUAUUCGGUCAGCAGUUAUUCUACAGUUAUAUUGAGAGAGGCUUUGUGUUUGAACCUCCCAUAAAAAAGAAAAGGAACCACGUGGACCGGCGAUGUGUGUUCACGUUCCUGACACAGGAGAGAUACCCUCUGUUUGAAAACACAAACCUUUUCCACGAGUAUCUCCUCUGCUGCCGUCUUCGAGAUGUUGAGGUGGAUUUUCAAUCAAGAACUUUUAAAGAGGAAUCAGAGAAAAGACCGAUCUUUGCUCGUAAUGUUCUUGGACACGUGCUCGGGAUGCAGAUGUUUCGGGAGUACAUUAGAGGGACUGCUGGUGAAAAUGUCUUCAGAUGCUGGAUAGACAUCGAGAAAUGGAAACGAGCAGAAGGAACCGAAAUCCAAAAGACGGAGAUGGCGCACAACAUCAAAAUCACCUACCUGUCUGAAGGAUCUCAGUGUGAUCUCCGGACAAGAGGAAAGAGACUCGUCUUCGAAGGCAAAAUGGAUUUUGAAUUGAUACCUGAAAAAGAGAUACAUGAUGAAAUCUUGGAGGCAGUUUGUCAGAUGGAUGUCCUGUACUCAGUUGAAGCUCGGGAUGCAUUCGAAAAUCUUCAGAGAAUUCUUCUGUCAGCAUUAAGACGUUACUGGGUUCCACGAUACUUCAUUCAUCUCUACCACACCGUCAAUCCUCAGACUCUCGCCUUCCUAAUGCGGGAAACACCCUUUGAUAUGGGUACAUUAGCACAACAACGAAAACUUCGUUGUCGAAUCAUGUUUCCUCGCGUCUACAGUGCGUCACGGUCUAGUCCAGGAUCGCCAACCACACCAGUGUUUUUGUCAUGUGAUGCAGACAAGCUUCCAGAGUCUGCAUACAGUGUGACGUCAUCAGAUAUGCGUACGCAAACCCCCGAUGAUGUGGAAAUUGACUCUCUUUCCCCGGAGAGGAAUAUUGAACCCUUAGAACUCUUGUCACUUUGGAGCGGACAAGGGUAUUCGAGACAAAGAUACAGUGGGAAAAGUGGUAAAAUGAGUGGAAGCAAAAAAAUUGAGUCAGACGAUGCCUAUGGUUUGAAAGAACUAGAAGUUUGGGAGAAGGCAGAGUCCUCUCGUUUUCUACGGGGAUCCCCAAUGCUUUACGUCAUCCCACUACCCGUAAAUUCUUACGUCAAAGGACGCCGGCGGUUAAAAUUUGAUAGCAAUACUCUGGAUAAAAACAGUAAAACGAUGGCUGCCCUUGCUUCUGAUGCACUGGCUGGCUGUCCAUUCAGCCAGUUCUUGAAGGAUGGUCAGUUACUACUAGAUUCUCGAAUGUUCGAGUUCUGGAGUGACGUGCGUCAUUAUAUGGAUGCGGAUGAAACGUAUCUGGAUCCAUAUGGAAUUCCUGUUAGACGUAAAAUAGCUAGAAGAAUAACUGAUAAAUAUCUGAGUUUUAACAAUGAUCUGGAGUAUGAUAUUUUCUCUGAUCAACUGAAAAUGACCCUCUCUCAAAGUAUGAGUUCUCGAGAUGAUAUUUCCUUGAUUUCAAACGCCCAGAGUAUUAUUUCACAUGCUUUGAGGGAAUCCUGGCGACAAUACUCAAGAGAAGAAAGAACAUCAUUUAGAAUGAAAGUAUGUAGUUCAAAGAUGUUUGACAGAAACGUUAUAGAGAUUCCACCCGGUUCCGCCUCCUCGCGCGGACAGUCAGACCCGCUGUUCUUCGUCAACACUAACAUACAGAGUCCCACAGGGCUAGCGGUACAGGGUACGGACGAAACUCCCGUCCUAAGUACGUCACCGGUGGACACUAAUACGCCGUAUAGUCGUCUGACGUCAGAACUUCUGAAUCUCACUAUUACAGAAGAGCAUUCCCUAAAGUCCAUGGAAUACGCCAUACUGUGCGCUGAAUAUGGUCGUUCUGGAAUGUUCCAACAAACUCCCUCCAAGAUAGAUGAUCUAACAGACGUGUUGUACAGUGACUAUGGAAGUCUGCACAUAAAGAGAGAACCAGCCAAACACCAUGAAUUUCUUCAUAAUCUUCUUCACAAACCAAAGAUCAACAUUGAGACGAUACAGGUGUCUCGUCGUGUCAUACUGGACACACCGGAAGUGACCGCUCUUGAGAGGGUUCACUACCGGUCUCGUCUACAGCGACUCGUGCUCCGUCGGCGAGGAAUUCUUAUAGAGCGACCUACUAGACCAAGAAAUCUAAUGGAGAUCUUGCAAUCCCCGGUCCAUUACGAGUUCUUUAAGAGGUUCAUGAUGGGCAACAAGACCGUCCACCCUCUGUUGUUCUGGAAGUACGUGGAGGAUCUAAAGGAGGCCCAGUCUGCAAGACACAGGAAUCACCUCAUCUCCGUCAUAUACAGAAAAUUCUUCAGCAAAAGCGCCAAGCAAGGUUACUUGUUGGACUGUAGUGACGAUAUCAUUCGUCAGAUUCCCACCAUGGAGAGAAUUCCAACGAGUGUCCUCAUCUGCGCUCAGGCUAGUGUCUUCCGCGCCAUGGAGAGAAAGUGGUUCCCCAGAUAUAUGGAGACCUACCCAGUUGAUGCAGAUUAUCCGCCCCCAGAGCAAACGGAGACUAGUCUAGUACCGUCGCCGACAUUUGCAGAUCUCACUGAAGAGCUGAUCAUCAACAAAGAGGCGCUAGCCAAUAAAAAGAAAACGCAGAAGAAACGGAAAACGUUACAUUUAUGGCAUGGAUUUGUACAUCUGAUUAUGGACUUCAUGGAUGCUCUUAAGGACGAGUAUGAAUUCAAACUUCUGGAGCUCUACCUUCGCAAUGAGCAGGAGAAGGACACAAAGCAAAAAAAGAUGGCUGAGAAGUCGAUGUUGACAUCUAGCACUAUUGCAAGCUUUCAGACGCGGGUCGUUCUACGGAAUCGGCUCGUUAUUGUCAACAAACUAGUGGCGGAUCUAAACUUCUGGAAUGAAGUGCAAAAGUUUAAGAAGCAUAUUGACGAGAUAAGUACACGGGAAAACAUCACCAAAGAAGACAUGGAGUUUCUGCAGCUGAAGGCGAAGUCUAUCAUAGACUGUUAUCUUAUAUCGGAGGUUCUACCGCGAGUGCAGGUAAACAUUCCAAGUGACCUGGCGACAAGCAUUGCAGUAUCCCUCACGCAGUCGGGACCAACAAGAGGCCUGUUUCAUGACGCCAUGAUUUUGAUUUUUCCACUUCUCUAUUACUUCUGGAGAAGGUUUCGGGAUGAAUGGUUAAAGGGUCAUGAUCCAAAAGAUUUUUACUUUCGCCUAAAGGAGAAACUGACAGUUCCAUGGGUUUCAUCCACUCCCCAUAAAGAUCAAAGCGGUCCAAAUUACCUAAAUGUCCGAGAAUCACAGUGCCAAAUGAUGGCAGUUCAUCUUCACGAAGACGAACCUUUUCGAAUAAAUUUUUCCAUCAUGGGAGGAAUUCGCUACAUGUUCACAAACAGACCAGCUACAAAAGGCGUUGCGCCAACAGUUGAACAUAACGCAAGGAGACACCAGCAGAUGAGGCGGUCUCGCAGGGACAGUGUCAACCGUAUAAAUAAAACACAUGCAGAGGAAACUACUCAUGGCGAACGCAAGCUCUCAAAAACCGAUAUGAAGAAGAAAAGCAAAAUUAUCCUUGAAGACGAAGAAAGUGUUCGAAACUUGGACGAAGGAGACGCAGAGGUGAAAUCUGAGAAAAGCCAGGAAAUGCAAAAAGCUGAGGAAUUAGAGUCGUCUGGGACCACACUCUCCCCGCGGCGAAGACGACAGUCCACAGUACCAACAGUACAGCGGGAAAAGGCGUUUAGACUAAGUCAGCUUGUAGAGGAACUGAACACAGAGAGUGAUAGGCCUAUAGCCCAACGAUUACGCACACUUGAUCAAGUUGUACGUGCUGCCAUUACAACACAAACUCGGUCUCAGUUUACAGAUGAAGUCCAAAGCUCCGUUACAUCUUUACUGAUUUAAAUCUACAUUGUAAAAUAGAUAAAUGACACUCAUUCAUUUGAAAUUGUGAUUUUUGUCAUCAGGUUUAAGAAAGGUUAUACUACUUGGAACAAUAAUCAAUUUCUGAAAAUUUUGACAGUUUAUAACAUACAAAAUUUUCUUUAUAAAUUUUUAUUUUGAUAAAUUAUAUAAUUUAACAGCUAAAGAGUGGAUGUUUCAAAAAUAUUA